AUGGCUGUCAGUGUGAGGUUGAAGAACCAUCUGACAAGGUGUGACCUAGUGGACAAGUACCAGUCUGCAUACCGGGAACAUCACAACACUGAGACAGCUCUUAUACAUGUCAGUGAUAUCCUGAGAAAACUCUGUGACAGACUCCAGAAAAUCCUAAACACUUCUGCCCGCAUCAUUAAACGCUGCCAUAUCAAGCCAGUACUGAAGGAGCUUCACUGGUUGCCCAUCAAAUCCAGGAUCGAGCAUAAGAUACUGUGUCUGACCUACAAAGCCAAGCAUGGUCUUGCUCCCCAGGACUUGUCUAACAUGUUGUCAUCAUACUCCAGUUCACGCAAUCUUCGUUCCAACAGCCAGGAUCUGCUCACUGUGCCCAGCUUCAGACUGAAAAUGUUUGGACAGCGCUCUUUCACCUAUGCAGCCCCUACUCUCUGGAACUCUCUUCCUUAUGACCUCAAAACUAUUGACAAUUUCGACUUGUUCAAGUACAAACUUAAAACCUACUUCUUCCAGCAGUAUCUCCCUUAA